GAGAGAGAUAGCGGAAACGCGAGUGUGCAGCAGAGCUGUCUGUACACGUCCAUCUCUCAGUCGAAGCCUCCGUCUAUCCGCCUCACAUAAAAUACUGCACAAAUACUUGUUGGCUGCACAGAGAUGUAUGAUGAAAGACAGUCCUAAAGAAGGACAAAGCCAUUCAGUUACUAUGAGCAGUGAGCUCAAUGUGCCAAUGGGCUCCCCAGCUCCCGGGUGCACUGACAGGCUGCAGGAUGGAGGUGGAAUGGACUACAGAGAUUGGGUUCGUCGCAGCUAUCUGGAGCUGGUCACCUCCAACCACCACUCUGUCCAGGCUCUCUCUUGGAGAAAACUUUACCUCAGCAGGGCAAAGCUCAAAGCCUCCAGUCGAACUUCAGCCCUGCUUUCAGGCUUUGCAAUGGUGGCCAUGGUGGAAGUGCAACUCGAGAUGCAGUACAACUACCCACGUGUCCUUCUCAUCGCCUUUAGCGUCUGCACCACUGUGCUGGUGGCCGUCCACCUCUUCGCCCUCCUCAUCAGUACCUGCAUCCUGCCCAAUGUCGAAGCCGUUAGCAACAUCCACAACCUCAACUCCGUAUCCGAAUCUCCCCAUGAGAGGAUGCACCACUAUAUUGAGCUCGCCUGGGGCUUUUCCACUGCCCUGGGAAUCCUGUUGUUUCUGGCAGAGGUGGUGCUCCUCUGCUGGAUAAAGUUCUUGCCGGUUGACUCUGGAGCCCAAUCCACAUCAGUCCUGGCAGCCCUGAAGCAGAACUGUAGCACCCCUGCAGUUCAACCGGGGCACAGCGGGUGGCAGGCGGCCUUGGCCUCCACCAUCAUCAUGGUGCCCGUUGGAUUAAUCUUUGUGGUGUUCACCAUUCACUUCUACCGCUCACUGGUGCGGCACAAAACAGAACGGCACCACCAGGAGAUCGAGGAACUGCACAAGAUCAAGGUACAGCUGGACGGCCAUGAGCGAGGCCUGCAAGCAGUGUGAGAUCUGGGGAUGCUCUUUUUGCGCAGUGUUCCAUUGCUUGAUUAUUCAAGCUUUCAAGCACAUUAAAUCUCUGCUCCUUUUUGAGUCUUUUUUUUUUUUUUUUUUUUAAGGCAUAUUUUCUUUUGAGAGAAAAUGCCUUGUUGCCUGGUGGAUGGAUUGUCCAUUUAGAAACUGAGAAAGCUUUAGAGAAAAGAGGGAAGUUUACAAGAUUUCAACAGCAAGGGCUAGUUAUUUAUAUUUCUUUAGGCUGUAGGUCAUUUGGACGGGUCUUUAUGUGCCAUUUUCUAGAUGUUCUCCUGCUUCUACUAUACAAAAUGAAUGUCAUACAUCAGUGUGCUUUAAUAUCAUUUGCCUGUUUAUUGGAUGGUUUCUUAUCCAGCCUGAUCUUCAUUGUGCCACAUAUAAAUUUGUUCAAAUGAGUUCGACAAGUAGAGUUGGUCUUGGUUCCAUUAAGGAUCAGAGCUACAAGACCUACACUGCCAGAGUAUGUGACUAAAAUAUACAGCUUUAUGCUAUACAUGCCUGUAUGAGUUUUCGUUUGAUUUCGUAAAAACACAAAAGUAUGCUGCACGCACUGGGUGAAUGUCCGGAUCAUAUUUUAUCUUAAAAUCAAAAUUAUAUUUAAGCCUAUUUAAGACCAUUAAGAUGUUGGCAUUAUGACAUUAUUUUCAUGACUUAUUCCUAAAUUCUCAUUUUAAAAAAUCAUUCUAAUUACCGUAAUGUGAAAAAAAAAAAAAAAAACAUUACUGUAAUUUUUUUGCAUUACUGUAAUAAUAAUGACCGUGUCCUGAUGAUUAAAUUCAGUACAACAAAUACUUCCAUUAUGAAUUUCAUAAUGGGGUUACCAUUGUGGUUAAGAUUGGCACUUGUCCUUAGGUUGAGGAUGGACUUUCACGUUCAAGUGAUGUUUGAUUUGAGUGCUGCUUGGCUCCAGAAGCAGUUGCUAUCAAAUUGACAGUGCAACAGUUUUACACAUGCUCACCUGGCAUAUAAUAAUGAUUCAUAAAAUUAAUUGAACCAACAGAAAAAUGAUUCAUUUAUUAAAUUGAGUUUGACUAACCAUGAAGUUUAGAUAAAACUACUAGAGUCCAUUGAUUUGACCUAAUCCAACUAAAUUAUGUUGGCUUAAUGAAAAUGACUUAAUCUGAAUGAAUGAAAUUAAAUUGCUUGUAAAAACUCUCAAAUUCAAUUAAGGGUAAUGAGUGAUGUACUUAACAAUUGAAGUAAUAUUUCAUUAUUAUUUUGUAAUAUAUUACAGUAAUGACAAUGAGAAUUGGAAGGGGGAUAAUUAUGCUUAAUUGUCUUGAAAAAAUGCUUCAAUGCAAAAAACAAAAAACAAAAAAAAAAUGUCAUAGUUCUAAAACUAGGCUCCAUUUUUAUUUUGCAAAAUAUUUUUUGUGGUAAAGUUGGCCCAGACAUAUCUUGACAGUUCUUGUGAGAUUCACCCUACUAUUGUUCUUUGUCUGUGUUUGAUAGUGGAUCCAAAACUGUAAUAUUAUUAACUGCAGAAUUGUUGUGCCUGCAUUUUCCUCAAUAACCAUGUAGGAUUCAUUUUAACUGUUACCUAAGAAAGAACUAUCACUCAUACUAUGUAGUGCAAUAUUUUUAGCUUGGGUGUGAAAUGUAGAUGCUUUAAACAUGCACAGUGCACACUUAUGUUUCACGUAAUUUUAGAUUUUAUUAACAAAUUUGCAUUUAAUGUAUAAUAUAAUGCACUGUCACUUGUCAAGCACAAAAGAUGAACUUUUUGUCCAUAUUUCAAACAAGGCCCAUUGAAUGUUAUUUGCUCGUGUUACUAGAAGUUUACGCUGUUGAUGAUAAUACCCAGAAAUAACCAGGGUCAAAGGUUGUUUGCUCCAAUAUUGUUUAUAUAAAAAUAUUUCUUUAAAUGGGCACAGUUACAAAAUACUUGAGGAAAAGCAAAAGCGCUUGCAUUGCAUGCCAAGCUGAAACUCUUUAAUGUGAACUGUGUAAUACAGUGUGAGUUGGCAGUCCUGUGUCAGUCUCAGAAUAUUGUCUGAUAUUUGGUACAAGUCAAUAUGAGGGAAACAUUCCAGUGGGAAAGAAGUGGGACCAAUUUCUGCCUGCCUUUAAUAGCUGAACAGACAAAACUUUGAAGUGCACUUGUAGUGUAGUCCAUGGAAAUGAUCUGUAUGUCCUGUCUGUGUUUAGAGUAUGCAGACUUAUUUCACAGUGCAGAGUUAAAGACAUCAUUUCAUGCCUAACCACCUUCAAAGCAUUAUUGUAUUGUAAUUACAGUAUUGCUGUAUUGAUAGUAUGUUAAUGCCAUUACGCUGAUCUUACAAUUGCACAUGCAAUGUGUGAACGCUCAAACAAGGAAACUUUGACCAAAAUGACUUGUGUACUCUGGUUGUGGGGGGCUUUAAACAGCUGUUUUGUGUGUGAAAAUAAAUACUUGGGUCAUUUUUUUUAUCCUUCUGUUGCAUUGCGCCUGCACUAUCAGUAGAGAAAAGCAAUGAAUAUCUAGUGCAAAAGCUAAUGUUUUUUUCCAUCAUGGACAUGUAGCCAACUGUUAUGGAAAUGUUUUGUGUAGCAUGUUGUUUUCACUCUGUCUGUACUUGUAUGUUAAUUUAUGUCAAAUAAACGCAACUGUUUUGUUUACUUCAA